AUGAGUAGGAAUCAGUUCCAAUCAGUUUCAGAAGAUUGUUCCAGGCAGAGGAAACAAGUGAAGGCCAUGCCGCCUCCUGGGAAAGUUCCCCGAAAGGAGAACCUGGGGCUGCAGUGUGAGUGGGGGUCCUGUUCCUUUGUGUGCUCUGCCAUGGAGGAGUUCUGCCAGCACGUCACUCAGCACCUGCAGCAGCACCUGCAGGGCUCCGGGGAGGAAGAAGAGGAAGAGGAGGACCUGCUUGAGGAAGAAUUCUCUUGCUUGUGGCGGGAGUGUGGCUUCUGUUCUCCGGACAAUUCUGCUGAUCUCAUCCGCCAUGUCUACUUCCACUGCUACCACACCAAGCUGAAACAGUGGGGACUGCAGGCCCUGCAGAGCCAGGCUGACCUCAGCCCCUGCAUCCUGGACUUCCAGAGCCGCAACCUCAUCCCUGACAUUCCUGAUCACUUCCUGUGUCUGUGGGAGCACUGUGAGAACUCCUUUGACAAUCCCGAGUGGUUCUACCGGCACGUGGAAGCGCACAGCCUGUGUUGUGAAUACCAAGUAGUCGGCAAGGACAGCAAUGUGGUGCUCUGUGGCUGGAAAGGCUGUACCUGCACCUUCAAGGACCGCUUUAAGCUUCGAGAGCACCUCCGCAGCCAUACCCAGGAGAAGGUGGUGGCCUGUCCCACCUGUGGGGGCAUGUUCGCCAACAACACCAAGUUCUUAGAUCAUAUCCGUCGCCAGUCCUCGUUGGAUCAGCAGCACUUCCAGUGCUCUCACUGUUCCAAGAGAUUUGCCACAGAGCGGCUUUUGCGGGACCACAUGCGUAACCAUGUGAACCACUACAAGUGCCCUCUGUGUGACAUGACCUGCCCACUGCCGUCCUCCCUCCGAAACCACAUGCGUUUUCGCCACAGCGAGGCCCGUCCCUUUAAAUGUGACUGUUGCGACUACAGCUGCAAGAAUCUGAUCGACCUCCGGAAGCACCUAGAUACCCAUAGCAAGGAGCCAGCCUACAGCUGCGAUUUCGAGAACUGCACCUUCAGUGCCCGGUCGCUCUAUUCUAUCAAGUCGCAUUACCGAAAAGUGCAUGAAGGAGACUCUGAGCCAAGGUACAGAUGCCACGUGUGUGACAAAUGCUUCACAAGGGGCAACAACCUCACUGUGCACCUUCGCAAGAAACACCAGUUCAAGUGGCCCUCAGGGCACCCCCGCUUUCGGUACAAGGAGCAUGAGGAUGGCUACAUGCGACUGCAGCUGGUUCGCUAUGAGAGUGUAGAGCUGACUCAGCAACUGCUGCGGCAGCCACAGGAGGGAUCGGGCCUGGGAGCAUCUCUGAAUGAGAGCAGCCUGCAGGACAUCAUUCUGGAAACAGUGCCCAGGGAGCCAGGACCCCAGGAGGAAGCCGAAGAGGAAGGUGGGGGCGGUGAGGGCACAGCCCUCCCGGCCUCUCAGGACACAUCCAGCCCUAUCAUCCACGUGGUGAACCAGACCAAUGCCCAGGGCGAGCGGGAGGUCGUCUAUUAUGUGCUGUUCGAAGCCCCGGGAGAGCCCCCACCCGCCUCUGAGCCCCCCGUGGGGGGCAUUAUAGGAGAGCUUCAGGGAGCUGCUGAGGAGCCAGAAGUCCAGAUGGUGUGA